GAGCCAUGGAGGCCUGGGAGGUCAAGAAAGCAAAGACAUGAACUUUUUUCUUUUCUAAUUCCAGCGACAAAGACAUGAACGGAAUUAUUCAAGUCAACCUAAGAUCAAAUGAAUCACGAAUUCGAGAUUCGGAUCAUGCUCCUUUUAUUUCUCCUGUCGAUCUUCAUCACGGAAAAACAAAAAGUCCACGCUCUCUCCCCCUCGCUCAAUAGCCACCAUGGCUAGAUCCGUCAAGGUUGCCGUCAUCGGGGCUGGAGUCUCCGGCCUUGUCGCAGCUCGGGAGCUCCAACGAGAAGGUCAUCGAGUCGUCGUCUUCGAGAAAAACCACCGCAUAGGGGGCACCUGGGCCUACGAUCCAAGAACUGAAUCCGACCCUCUCGGCGUUGACCCGAACCGAGAAAUCAUUCACAGCAGUCUCUACCUCUCCAUGCGCACCAAUCUUCCCAGACAACUCAUGGGAUACUUAGACUACCCGUUUGUGAAGCGUGAAACCGGUGAUCAGAGAACGUUCCCGGGUCACGAGGAGGUGCUCCGUUUCCUUGACGGUUUUGUGGAGGAGUUCGGGAUCCAUGAGUUGACCCGGUUCGAGUCGGAGGUAGCUCGUGUGGCGCUUGCCGGCGAAGGGAAGGAGGAGGGUUGGUCGGUUGAGUGGAGGAGGCGGGGAUCCGAGUCGUUGACCCGAGAAACGUUCGAAGCAGUUGUAGUGUGUUCGGGUCACUCCACAGUGCCAAAGCUCGCGGAGAUCCCCGGUAUUGAACACUGGAGGCGAUACCAAAUGCAUAGCCACAAUUAUCGGGUUCCCGACCCAUUUAAGGGACAGGUGGUGGUGAUGAUAGGACUGGGACCAAGUGGGUUUGACAUAUCAAAAGACAUUGGGAAAGUGGCGACAGAAGUUCAUAUAGCCGUUCGAAUGAAUCCAAUGCUUAAGAAUGUGGUGAAGCUGCAAGACUUUCAAAACAUAAGCCACCACUCCACGAUAAAAUGCGUUUAUGAAGAUGGAUUGGUUGCCUUUGAAGAUGGAUCCUCUGUUUAUGCAGAUUCCAUUAUCCACUGUACCGGAUAUAAAUAUCAUAUUCCAUUUCUGGAGACCAAAGGGAUAGUAAAUGUUGAGGAUGAUAGAGUUGGACCACUUUACAAGCAUGUGUUCCCUCCUUCGUUAGCUCCUUCCCUCUCUUUCGUUGGCUUAACUUCUCAUGAUCCCGCAUUUCAUAUAUUUGAAUUGCAGAGCAAGUGGAUCGCAAAAGUAUUAUCUGGAAAAGUUGCAUUGCCUUCAACACAGGAGAUGAUGGAUUCUGUUCAAAACUUCUAUGAGUUCUUAGAACAGAACCAAAUCUCCAAACAUCACACUCACUUCCUUCGUCCCCAUCAGGUGGAUUACAAGUACUGGCUAGCAGAGGAAAGUGGGUUUGGUGCAUUGGAGGAAUGGAGAGAGGAGAUGUUCAGUGAGAUCAUCAAGAAAUUCCUGGAAAUGCAACGCUUCUACAUUGACCACUGGGACGAUGCUUAUUGGGAUUCCAUUAGUCGCUCUUCUUCUUCCUCCUUAAAACCCUAAUACUUAUUUUGCCAUUGUUCAGAACCCAUUUCGCAGAACGUUUGUAGUCUGGCUCAUCAUAUUCAACAUAAAGAAAUGAUUUAAUUUUGGAGUUGCGUUUGCUCGAACGUGAGUUUAGAGAGAU